CCUUGGCCGCCGCUUUCGGCGAGGAGAGGCGGAGGCGGCGGCGGAGGCAGCAGCAGCAGCAGCAGCAGCACCUUUGACGUGCCCGUCCCCCACGUGACGGCCGCUCCACUGCGGGGCGGGCGCUGCGCUGCCGCCGCUCCGGCAGAGCAGAGAGAGAGAGAGAGAGGAGAGCCGCAGCCCCGGCUGUGUGUGCGUGCGUGAGUGUGUGCGUGUGAGCGUGUGUGUGUGUGUGUGCCCGCGUGUGAUGAGCGAGCGCCGCCGCGUCCCCCCGCCCGCUGCCGGCUGACGCCGCCCGCGCGGGGCGCGCCCGGAGCCGCAGGAGUGACCUUGGCCCGCCAGCACAACAAAAGCAGAUCAAAUCUGUGGGACAUGGCACAAGGAAAUAAUUACGGGCAAAGCAGCAAUGGGGUGGCCGAUGAAUCCCCAAACAUGCUGGUGUACAGAAAGAUGGAAGACGUCAUAGCCCGCAUGCAAGAUGAGAAAAAUGGGAUUCCUAUUCGUACAGUCAAAAGUUUUCUUUCCAAGAUCCCCAGUGUCUUUUCUGGUUCAGACAUUGUUCAGUGGUUGACAAAGAACUUAUCUAUAGAAGAUCCAGUGGAAGCUCUGCAUUUGGGAACACUGAUGGCAGCACAUGGCUAUUUUUUUCCAAUCUCAGACCAUGUUCUAACAUUAAAGGAUGAUGGCACCUUUUAUCGAUUCCAGACACCCUAUUUUUGGCCAUCAAAUUGUUGGGAGCCGGAAAACACAGACUAUGCGGUUUAUCUCUGCAAGCGGACAAUGCAAAACAAAGCAAGGCUAGAGCUAGCAGACUAUGAAGCUGAGAGUUUGGCCAGGCUACAGCGAGCAUUUGCUCGAAAGUGGGAGUUUAUUUUUAUGCAAGCUGAAGCACAAGCAAAAGUAGACAAGAAGAGAGACAAAAUAGAGAGGAAGAUUCUUGACAGCCAGGAGCGAGCAUUCUGGGACGUGCACCGGCCGGUGCCUGGAUGCGUAAACACUACUGAAGUGGAUAUUAAAAAGUCUUCAAGAAUGAGAAAUCCACAUAAAACAAGAAAGUCUGUCUAUGGUUUACAAAAUGACAUCCGAAGUCACAGCCCUACUCACACGCCAGUACCAGAGACUAAGCCUCCCACAGAAGAUGAACUGCACCAAGAGAUUAAGCACUGGCAAAUGCAAUUAGACAGACAUCGAUUAAAAAUGUCCAAAGUUGCAGAGAGUCUAUUAGCUUAUACAGAGCAGUAUUUGGAGUAUGACCCUUUUCUUGUGCCCCCUGAUCCCUCAAACCCUUGGAUAUCAGAUGACACCACUUUCUGGGAACUGGAGGCAAGCAAAGAGCCUGGACAGCAGAGGGUGAAGCGGUGGGGUUUUGGCAUGGAUGAAGCUUUGAAAGACCCUGUUGGAAGAGAGCAGUUUCUCAAGUUCCUGGAGUCAGAAUUCAGCUCAGAAAAUUUAAGGUUCUGGUUAGCGGUAGAAGACCUGAAGAAGAGGCCUAUCCGUGAAGUUCCUGCUCGUGUUCAAGAAAUCUGGCAAGAAUUUCUUGCUCCAGGUGCACCCAGUGCCAUCAAUCUAGAUUCAAAAAGUUAUGACAAAACCACGCAGAAUGUAAAGGACCCUGGAAGAUACACAUUUGAAGAUGCUCAGGAGCACAUUUACAAACUGAUGAAAAGUGAUUCUUAUCCUCGUUUUAUACGAUCCAGUGCCUACCAGGAGCUGCUACAGGCCAAGAAAAAGGCUGGAAUCCCACAUUCAUUUUUCCGAGGAGCCAGGAGCCACCUUGAACCGGGGAACUUCUGUAGCGCUUUGAGAGUAACCAUUCAUAAAGACUUUACAGCUCUGAACUACAGCACGCACAAAGAACAUUUUUUUUCUAGUGACUACAAAAUGCUUCAAUAAGCUCUGCUCAAGUGAAACCUCUAUUAGCACUGAGCAGUAGUGAAGCUUUUUAUGUUAGCCACUAAGGAUUUGACUAGUAGAUAAUCGUGAUUAUGCAUUCUCCUCAGAACAACCUGCAUUAUAUCAGAAGAAAAUCAAGCUUCAAUCAAGCUGCUCAGAGAUUAUGAAAUACCCAGAUGUAGAAUGCCCAGCUUCCCUGUUUUAGCCAUAGGGGUACAAUGCAAAUUACUUCUAAGCAGGCAAUAGUGUCAGGAUUUAUUGCAGUGACUGAACAUAGAAAUACUGAAAGUUCACAGAAAAGACUGCUCUUGUGAACUUUCAGCCAGCAUUUACAGACUAAGAAGCCAUAGAUUAUUCAUAUAAUAAAUGGAUGCAUAUCUGUCCAAAUAUUUAAUAAAGAUAAUAUAUAAGAAGCAUGAAACAAGUCAUUUUCCUAUGCAGUAAAAAUAUGUUUCUUCUAUUGGAUACAGGACAGUGGAAAUAGCAGUUUAAACUUUUGAAGCUUUGACAUUUGGAAAAUGGUACUGUGACAAGAAUUAUACCAAAAAUACAGGUCUUAGAAUGGGAAUUGUCAGUUCAAAUGAGACCAAAUUUUGAUGAAUUAAGGACUUAACUGUCCUUAACUAAUAUGUAAACCAUUUAAAUAAGAAAUUUGUACCAAAAAGUAAACUGAACCAUGCAGUAAGAUCCAGCAAAAUCUGUUUUUUAAUAAAUAGUCUUUGUCCCCAAGAAGACCUGGGGAGAUUUUCUUGAUGUUAACAACUAUGGUGAAUGGUGGUUUGGGAAUGUUGGGAACUGACAUAAUGUAUGAGUUAGGGAUAAGAACAAAAGCUACAGCUCCAUUUCCACAAGCACACGUUUACGUAUCAGCUCCUGUCGGUGGGUGCCCUGAUAAGUGACUGCCCUGUAACAGUUAUUUGAGAUGAGGAGCCCUGUUCCCUGGGGGUUCUGACUGGUCUGUGAAAGGGAAGAGAAUGCAAACUGGGAGUACUGUGGUGAGCAAAUGAACUACUGAUGUCUUUCUUUUCCAAAUCAGUCAUUAAAAUGUUGUCUUUGCAAACUUUUCUUGCAGUCCUCACAAAACAAGGAAAUAUUUCUGAGGAUGCGUAGGGGCAGCUCACAUCUUGAAGUCUGUGCAAAUGACAGUAUUGAUUUUAAAAGGUCAGAUCAGCUGUUUCUGGUUACUUUCACUAUUGGAGUAUGCCUGCUCUGAAAAGGUGAAUUGUUAUUUGGCCCACAGUUGCCAUAUAACCUGCAAUGGCUUGCUUCCUUUGUGUGCUCUCUCUCUCUCCCCUAAAGUACCAAGAAAGGAAACAUGAAUGUUCCCAAGUAAAUAACAUGAAGUACAUGGUUUUAUUUCCUGGAUAGUCCCAAUAGACUUGAACAUGACCUCCAGCUCCAGGCCUACAUUUACAGGCACACUGUGAGCACAAAUGUCUCCAAUCUGGUGAGAUAAAUUGAAAAUAUUGCUUCCUUCCCAUCAAGUCAUGCCAGUUGCAACUGAAAUACACUGAAGAGAUUUUCUAUCUUUAGAUAGAAUAUCUCCACACAUUUGCAUAUCCGAUCUUUUUAAUUAUUGCCAAUUCACUUCCAUUUUACAUCACACUAAAUGCUUACACUGACUGUUGAUAUUUGAACUCAACAACAACAGAUGGAAGGGAAGUAAGGAAAAGGAAGAGAUUUUAAAAUAGGUUCUGGGUGUAUUAGUAGCAAUUAUAAGGUUGGCUCCCACAGUCUGGGUCUACUGAAUCUUUGGCAGCAUGCUCUCAGUCUUAAAGCUGAAGUGGUGGUUACACAUCAACCCUGGAGUUACCGAUGCAGUUCCAAGGACUGGAGUCCAUCCUCUCCCACUGAUAAUAACUGCAUCUGCAGCAAGAAGUCUGCCAUUCUGUAAGCACAAAUCUGCUCAUUUAACUUGCUUAAUUCUUUCCACACAAACACAGACAUGCACACCCAAACCAAUACUUUUUAACUCUAGCUCUUUCAUCCUGAAGUGAUGCAAAGGUGCUUCUUGCUGUCAAAAGACUGAAGGCUUGCAUUUUGGGAAGAGGUAAGUGAUGAAGGAGAUGGACCUGUAAAGGUGAAAAGAAGCAUUCCUCCAAGCUAGAAGUUACAGUACAUCUCUGGUCAAAAUUCAAAGUACCAGCUUCAUUUAUUUCAAAAAAAUAGGAUCCCUUGUGACAAUAAUUGCUGCUUUACUACCGCUGUUAAUAUCAGGCUGGGAGAUGCCACAAGCAGCUGAAAGAUGCAGGUUUUAUUCUGUAGGGCUGUUAGAAUAGCAGAAGGCUAAGCAGCUGAUGGAAAACAAGUCUGUCAACAGUUUGGUGUGACAGACAAUCCAUUCCCAUGCUGUCAUGUGCUACAGAUAUCUUCUUUACAUUCCUACACAGGUUUUCAAACAAUGAAAGGAAGUGGUCAAUCCUUUCAAAUUUGAUAGAACGAUGCUGGCAUUGAGUUUUGCGGCUGCAGUCAUGUAUCAAGAGAUUAUUUGUCCUGGCAUAGUGAGUUCAACACAAGUGUACAUACUUGAUACUUGAAUGUCAAAAACUUCACUAAAAGAGAGGCCAGUAAACUGUUAUUUUCUCUAAGCACCAGUUCUCUUUAGAUGUAAUCAUAAUAACAGUGGUCACAUUUGUGCUAACACUGGCCAGCAAGGACUGAAAUCUUGGCCCUGUUGAAAACUUUCAUAAAGUUUUGGCUGAAAAGAGAAAAUAGGUCUUCACAUGAAAGUAAGAAGACAGAAAAAUAGAGUUUUGUGUAAUGGUAAACUUUUGUGCUUUUCAACUUCCUGUUGUUAAUACCCUUAAGUUUAUAGAAGUUCAAGUUUGUUUGUGCUAAAAUGAAACAGAACAAAAAAAGAGUUCACUCCUCUAGCCUUAUUUCUAUCUGUUUCUUCAAAACAGUAAACCUGGCAGGAAUAUGUUUCAAUGCAAAUGUUGUCAAAUUCACUGCCAGCUAGGUAUCAGGAUGAUGAUACACCAAUUGAAUUCCUACGGGUAGACUCAGGGAUUUUGUUCACAUUCUGAAAAGCGUGAUGCUAAAGUUCCAGUCUGCAGCCCCAGACAAUCUUUAGAGAAAAUUUGGCCUUCAGACAGAAAGCUAGGUCUGUCUGAUUUGCUAAAUCAGCAGGUCUGACCUAGCAAAUGCCUGCUGUAAUCAAAGGAAGCCAUUCUAUUGAUGUUAAUCAACUUUGGAAGCCAGCUCUGUAAAACAAAUACCUGUAACACCAACUAUUUAAGCCAUGAAAAACACAGAAAAUGCAUCAAGUCCUUGAUCUGUGAGCCACAUGAGAUUUCUGAGUAAAUAUUUCUAAAACUUCACUCAAUCAUAAAGAAAUAAAAUUAGCUGAACUCAGAAGCACGCUUCAUCAUUUUGGUGAACAUAAGAAUCGCUGUUAGCUCACUGUAAAAAUAUUCAAAAAUGCUGCCAGAUAGUAUAUGUUAAAUGGGAUUUUGAUACAGGGUAUUUGCAUUUAGAAAUAGCUUUUAUUUAUUCAUGAUGAUUUCUUUGUAGCUGCUUAUAGAUGCAUUGAAAAAGAAGAGAAAAGUCACAAGCAGCAGAAACAGCAGAUGGCAGCAUCAGGCUGCCUUAUCUGAGCUAUUAAAGCAAACGGAAAAAAAAUAUGAACCUAGCUGAACAAAAGUUUCUUAGAGUUUGUUUGAUUUCAGAUCUCCUUCAUUUCUCCUCUUAGUUUGGAUUGAUUUUUUUCCUUUCUCUAUUUUUUUUUUCUUUCUAUUCAGUAUUGUAAAAAUCACAGCAGAGGAAGAAAAUUGCUGUCAGGUCAUCCUGUAUUGAUUUAGUAGAAGAUAGUAAGACCUGAUGUGACCUGCUGAAAAGAUGACAUGAGGUUAUGGCCUAGCCUACCGGUGCUUCACGUCGUAUUAAACACUCCACAGGGGCAACAUCUGGAGGGUUAAACAACUGCUGGGUAAUGCAAUUUUAAAUACCACUUCAUCAAAGUAAUAGACUCCACAGGACCCUCUUGGGAUCUGUAAACUGAUGUGUUCCAGGCUUUGUGUGCUGCAGCCCUUUUGUGUAACACAUUAAGGAGAGUCCGAUAGCUCUGACUAUUGCGUAGGGAUAUAACUGAGGUUUGCAAAUUCAUCUACAGAACACCACCUUGCUAUGAGAUCAAAUUCAAAGCCUUAAAGUUUUUUGUUUGUUCUUUGUUUUUGUUUUGUUUUGUUUUGUUUUUUACUCAAAGCUUGAUAGUUUUACAGCCAAAAUUCCUGUUAGUCAAGGAGAAGUUUUUAGAACAGGAGGUUUGCUCUUGAGUGUUUUAACAGCAGUGUACAAGCUUCAGAAAGGGAUCAGAUCCCAUGCUCUUUGUAUUCCAGAGUAGUUACAAAAGAAAGAAUAAAUUCUUGGUGCUUUCUUCCUAACUAGCCAAGCUUUCUACCUGAAUAUCAACCUGAUUCAUUGGGUCCUUACCAGACCUGGCUACUUUUCUGCAUUCCUCAAAUACAACUUAACCAAAGCUCCAACAAUAAAAUCAUGAAGAAAAUGUCUCUGGUAUGGUGGACCAUGGAGGCUGGUACAACCAUCUCGCUGCAAAUCAGUGUACCUGACAGUUAAAAGAAUGGUGUGUCAUUUUCUGAAUUAACUGUUUCUACUAUUUUGGCACUGCAAAGCAACAAUUAAGAGAAGUCCCAUCAAAUAAUUAAUUUCUUUUAAAAAGGACAACCCAAGAUUUUUUCCUAUUGUCUGCUAACACAACUUUCUCUUUCUGAAUGCUAAACCAGCAAAAGAGUUAGUCCACACAGAUCCCUGCAUCUGGGCAGGGAUAAUUACUUGGUAAUUAUCACCAACUGAUCUUCAUCACUACCAGAAAUAUGUGGAAGAACACUUGGCAGCUCCUUUUCAGUGAGAAAUAUUAAAUAUUUUUAAGGGUAAGUUUUGCAGCUGAAAUGAGCUAGCAGUGUUCGGCUGAGGUCAAUGGAAAGACUUCCAGUUGUUCCAAGUGAGUAUCUGGCCCCAAUUGCUUUCCUUGCUUGAAGAUUGUUCUCUCUGCUUUACUGUACUCAUUUCAGAUCAAAAGGCAGUGGAAAAUUUCUUGAUUCCCUAACACAAUUUUUGUUCAGAAAUGUCUCUGGAUAAGUUUUUGUGUGAUGCCUUUCAAAGAUGGAUGAUGACAGAAGUCACAGGCAGAAGGAGGAGAUCUGAAGGUGGCUUUAAACCACCAUUGCAUUUAUUUCUGUUACUGGGUACUUGUAAAUUCCGAGAGCUUAUGGAGAGCAUUGUUAUACCUCUGCUUCCUAUCCAUAUAAAACAACAGUCAGUCUUCAUCUGCCUUUGUGACAGAAAGCACAGACACAAAUUGUUCCUAAAGUGCAUGUUGCAGCCUCACAUGGCAUCACCAUGGCAUUCCUGCUCAAAAUGUUUAUAUUGGGCAGUAGUAUUCACAGCUGAUCGUAUUAGGUAAGCUAGUCUUUCUACAUAAAAUUUUAUUAAAAAAUUAAUGAAUUAUAACAUUUAUGAAUGCUUAUAUAUGAAAGAUGCCUCCCCCCUACCCCAAACUGGUUUCUGUCCUACACUUUAGAAAUAAACAUAUUAAGACUGCGGGCAUACUAGCUACUGUAAUUGAUUAACUGGAAUUAUUUUCCAUUCCUUGUUACUGCUGAGGAGACCAUGGCUGCCCUCCAUCUGUGUAGAGGUCUUCAUAAGAAAAUGGGGAGCAGUAGAGAAACAGCAUGGAUUCUCCAAAGAAUGCAUUAGUUUAUUUAUUUAUUUCAAAUGUCUUUCAUGUCUUAGCUUUGUGCAUCUUUUCCAAGAAGCAAAUGCUUCACAGAUGGAAAGAAGCAAUUUUCAGUUGUAAAAAUUCUAAACAGUUCAGGUGAAAUGAAAAACAGAAUGUCCUGGAUACAAGCCAACUUUUUUUUCUAGCCUCACUUUGACUGUGAAAAUAUUCAACCACCUCCAGAAUUUAUGGCAUGAGAAAUGCCCUGCCCAGGUUCUAAUGCAUGUCUGAGGUAUCACUGCCAGGUAGAUGAGAAAGGAAGGCUCCUAUUUCCACAGACACUACACAUCUGCUCUGAUUUUCUGCAGGGUAGAUCUACAGUGACGCUACAGAAAAAAACUGAGUCUCACAUAAACCAAGCUUGUAUUGGUAUAGCUCCUUUUCUGGAGGGAUGUCUGCUAUGUUGUUAUCAGGCAAAGACACUAAUUUGUCCACUGCUACUCUGCUUUCUAUCAAUUUGUAUGGCUAGGUAGUGAAAUUAGGAAAAAAAAUCAUAGGUGAUUUGUAAGAAAGAGCAAUGAGCUUAUUUUUAUAUGCCUCCUGCUGAUAAAAUCUUUUAGGAUUUACUGCAGAUGAAAUUAGCAGGAGCAUUCAUAAUUACCCUGAGAACUUUAGGAUACCACACGCUGUCUAUGAGGCACUUAAAUCUCCCUCCCACACACACACCCCUGCAGGGAGCUUAACUCAUCAUUCAGGACAUCCACAUUGGAGCCAGACACCCAUAGGCAGACACCUACACAUCUAUGACCUGCUGCAUGUGGAGCGAAGCCCAGCAGCAGCCAAAACAUUUCCUUGCACUGUAGGUAGAGGGAAAAAAAAUAAAAUAAAAAUAAAAAAAUAGGGGACCAGAGAUAUUUCUGGAUAAUAGGGAGUUUUGGCUCACUGGGCUCUAAAUAGACACUCAGGAUCAUAGACUGAGUGUAGUAUGGAAGAAGGCCCAUAAUUAUUAGCUGCUGUGGUGUUGCCAGGAAUGCAGCUCUGGAACACAUGAAUGAAUAUACAAUACUCAGUCCUUUGCUCACUUUGGAUGUUGCAAUGGUAUUACAAUGUGUAUUUGACAGGCAUGUCGUGCAGGACUCUAAAGGAAGAGAGAAAAGCAUUCAUAGAGGGUGCCGAGUCAGGAUCUAAAUGCAUAAUCCAAAGUUAUUUCCUAUAAAGUCUAGCACAUUCUCUGAAAAAUGUUGAGUCGUGCCGGAAAUGUCUGGUUACUUGUGUAAGAGUUUGCAAGAUAUACAAACUCAUCAGGCUCUGACUCCUAAGUCUUAUGACAAUAAUGCAUUUUCUUCCAGACUUAUUCAAUUGCAUAUCUGAUACACAUAAUGCUCAGCCAAAAUGACUUGUUAGUGAUUUAUUUUGAAUAUCCAGCCUUUACCAUAUGACAUCACCUCCUUAACUUGAUGAAAAAAAGGUUUAGACUGAAUUCUUCCCAUUAAAAAUAAUGGGGCAGUGGUUUCUUGAUGCCAAUAUUUACUGAUAUCAAAGCAAAAUAUUGUCUUGGUUAUUUGUCUUAAUUUAGCCCAAACAGUACACAAAGCACAGUGUACAAAAACAAUGUGUUCUUUCUUCUAAACCAGAUCAUCACUUACUAAUUACUAUACGAUUUAAGUGAAAACAGAGACAUGAUUCAGUGAUGCUUUAUAGAAAUUAUCUCAAUAUAUUCAGAGUUUUUUGUUAUCCUGAUUGAUAGAGAGGUCAUAUAAGAUACAUUCCUACAGUGGCUUUCAUCCAAAAUCUCAGAAAGAUUAAUUUUAAUUAUCUGUUAUAAAAAAUACAGCAGAAUGAGACACAGAUUCUUUGCUAAGAUAUCUAGCAAACAGCUACAUUAUUAUGUAAAUGUAUAUGUAUAAUAAUAUACAUUGUGUGUGUGCACACACAAAUACACACACAUAAACAAUUUUCGACGUUUAAUUAAAACUUACAGAUCCCACUGGUGUUUGCACAGACCAUGUAAUACAUCUAAAUCCAACACAAAGCCCAAACCUUAAUCACAGAAAAUUAAUGUCAGAACUGAUAUGCCCAAAAUGGAUCCUUUGCUUCUGAAUGCCAAUUUGGACACAGAGAGAGAUGUGACUCAUUUUCUAUCUCAUUUGAAAACUCACAUGGAAACUCCAGGGUCACAUGCUCAGGUAAAUUAUCAGAGAAAAAUUAAUUGAGAGUACUGCAUGAAUACCUAGAAGAACUAGUCUGUUUUCAGCAUACAAAACAAGAUUUGUUCCAAAAUUUUUGACUAGGACUCCAGGACGCAAGUGACUAUGGAUGAAUCUGUCUCUACACCAUUCACUUUCUAUUCCCCAAGAAAUCUUCAGCAGAAGCUAAGAAUGCCUCUCCCUCAAAUCCUGCUGACAUAACACCCCUUGUUUACAUGCAUCCCGUGGACCUUUGCUUCCAUCCACAUAAGGCGCUGUCUCCUCCUGCCUUCUUUCUGACACUUCCUGUAUGGGGCUUCAUUACCAAGGGCGCUGUGGUCUAAUGGGAAACACAUUGGCAGCAGCGAACACAUCAAAGCCAAUUCAUUGACUUCUUUUGCGCUUCACUAACUGCAAACAUGCCCGAACAAUGCCAAGCACAUCAAACAUGGGCUUUUAGCUAUACUGCAUGCUUUGCAACUUCUGAGCAGAAGCAGGAAAGAGAAUUUUGGUCUGAUUACCACUAGAUGGAGCAAAGCCAAAAUAGGAGAUUUUAAUAGACUUGUGAUGGAAACACAUUCAUCUCCUAUAUUUUUUGACCAAAUGACUUUGGUUGAAUGAUGAAACCAGUUUUCAGGUGGUUGAGCUGAAAACCAAGCCAGUCUGGCUCUAGAUGGAGUGAAAGAGCCUUGUUUGGUAUGCCACACUGAUUUGCAACUAGGGUUCACUCAAUAGAUUUAUGGCACACAAUCUUCAUCAUUUUGUAUGAUGAAGAACAUCACAUUUUUAAAAGACUGGUUUCCUUGUUUGUCUUCCAGUGCCCAAUUCAGAUGAGUAAAUAAGGAGUCUAAACCAUGAAGAGAGCCCCCAUGCUGUGACUGCAUAGAUGUUUAGGCUCUUUUAUUAGGCUUCUAGUGUAGGUCACUAAUAUUUGAUGGUGCUGACAUCCUCGAAAGAGUUUAUUGGUAGUCCAUCUUCCAACUUUCUCUUGUGCACUGUUAACUGCCCAACUAAUUACAUACUAAUAAUAUGUGGGGAAAUCACUAAAUAUCUCAGCUUGGAAAGAUGCAAAUUAUCACUUCUACUGUUUUCACAGCACAAGCGAUAUUUCCAGAUGUGUUCAGCAUUGCCCUAGUUCAAUUUCCAACCAGGGAAUUUUCACUAUUAUCUUAAAUGGCUGCUGACAGUAAGAUAACAGUUAAGACUUCUGAAAAUCCACUACAUACAGAUGUUUUUUUUUUGAAAAAUACCAUGUAGUUUGAAUGGUAAACAUGUAUAAAUACAGGUAAUGUGUAUUACACUGUUGGUUUUGUAAUUGUUACAACUCUGCAUAUAUAUCUAUAACUAUUGAAAUCCCUAAAAGUCCAAAAUUACUUUACGAAUUGAAUUGAUUUGUUCACUAGACUGUUUCUUUUUCAAAUCUGAAAACCCUUAUCUCCUAUUGCUUAUUAAUUGGCAGGAAAGUACACAAUUCAUUCAUAUUAUUCUUUCAGUCUGAAUUAUAAGCUGAAUUUUACCAUUAUUCCUUUUGAAGUGGGAACCAUUUCUACUUCACAAGCUUUGAAGAUCUACUAACCAGAUGAAUGCCUUGUAGUUCUCUGCUACCACUAAUACUCUUCCAGAUGAGGUUGCAUGGAUGUUAUUUCUUUUCCACCAAGUGAGGCUCCUUUUUACUGUUCUCAGUGAUGAAAUGAUAUAAGGCAAUAGCUGGUCAGAAGUCCAAAUACAUCUCAUCAAGAACUUUUUAAAAGAAAAUGUUAUUGAGGAAUGUUUCUGCUUGAAGAAGAAUCUUGUAUUUUCUCCAGGAAGUUUUAAACAGACUCAGGAGAAAAUAAAAACUUUGAAGCAGAAUGGUGAUGUAUCUAUUUAAAAUGUUCUGUUACCUUUUAUUUAUUUAUUUAUUGAUAAAAUCAAGGAAAUUGUCAUUUACAACAAAACAAGAAAUUAUACAUUUAUUUUAUAAUAAUUGACCAUUUGACUCAAAACAAUGUUUUAUCUGGGAUUUUAAAAACUGAUUAGUGCAAAUUACAGGUCUUCUGGACUGCAAAAGGAGUUGCCAUUUCAGUGUAGACUACAUCAAUUUGAAAUAAAACCUAUGUUUUUACAUGCAAGAGUAUUUCAAGCUCUUCUACACAGCUCCUCAUGCCAUAUGCUUAGCUGUCCGUGUCUAUACACUUCAUAGUUAUCAUAAUUUAAUGAUCAGAGAUGGCUUGUGAGGUCUUGUUUGUGCAAGCAAGCCUGAAUUUUGCCACCCCAAAGAGAGGAUGAGAGCCAGGGUAUUCCUCUCAUGGGCCAGAGAGGCAGAGUUGAAAAGGAAUAUAAGUGGGAUGAAGAGUAUCAGAUGAUCAGGCUUGCUGCUCCUCACGCUUCUAGGGGGACAGGGAAACCGUAAUGAUGUUUCUAACCCAGAAUGAUGGAGCUUCCCACAUGCCAACUCUUUCUUCAGCAAAACAGUGGAAACAUACAGGUUACCUCUGGCAAAGACAGUCUGUGUGUUGCUGUCAUUCUCCCCCACCGCCCUCAUGCAAUGGUAGUAUCCUGCCAAACCAACUUGCCCAGAUUUUGAAUAAUAAUUCAUUUACUUCAUUCACUUCAAGGGCACCAUUCCAGAAUUUGCAGGGUAUUUAGGUUACAUGAAAGUCUUCAGCUACCAAAACCUUCAGCAAACAAAUUAUUUUCCUUACCACAGAUGUAUAGAGUUGGCUUAUCAUAACUUUCCAAACAGGAGUUUGACUAGGCUACCCUAUAUGCUUUUUUUUUUUUUUUUUUUUUUUUUUUUUAACACAAAAUAUGAAGAGUUAAUUUACCCUUUUCCACUAACGCAUUUAUCAUUGUAUUAAUCUCUUACUUCAUAUCCUUUCUGGAGUACUAGUUUACCAUCUUAUGAAUAUCAGGUACUCAUAUCAGUAGCUCUGACAAUUAAGACAGAUACAUACUCUUACACAAGUCUUCUAACAAUUCCUCAUCUUGUUUACUUCACAAGAUUGGACACCAUUGUAGUAAAGAUGUACUGGAAAGGAGCUGAUAAUUAUUUGGGUCUUCAGUUAAACAGUUUGCAUGUAGCCAUUAAUAUCCAUAUACAUUUCCAACUGGAAUGGGUGAGGGUAUCCAUCACUACUAACCAGAAGUUUUCUAAAAAUUCAACAUAAAGAUAGAAAUGACUUCUCUAGCUUUUUUGUUUGUUUGUUUGUUUUGUUUUGUUUUUGAUGCUUAAUCAAGUAUCAGGAAGAGAUAGAACUUUUGUAGGGCAAAUCAUUUAUUCUGAAAACGUGUAAGAGUAUGACAUAAAUAACUCGCUACAGAUAUUUUCUCUCUCUCUACCAAUCAUAAACUGGUGAGAGAUGACUAGCUUAAAGUAAAUAACUAAAUUUUGUAAAGCUAGAUUUAGGUCAGAUAAAUCCAAACAGCUAUGUCUCAGCUUUAAUAUCUAGUGGGGAAAAAAAAAAAUCAACUCGAAAGCUCUAUAUCAGGAAAAUAGUUAUGCAUGUGCUUAUGUGUGUAUACGUAAAUAUUAAUGAAUCUAUCUAAAGCCCCAUAUAGAUACAAAUACUUUAUACUAAUUUUUGUGAACUGUAUCUAUAGCAAGGCUGGUUUUCUUUGUGUCUCUUUCCUUCCUGACCUACCUUUCUGUCUCUUCAUUAUCUGGAAGACAUCACUGCCUACCUACUUGGUAUGUGGUCAGAGUUUUUUUAACUUAUUGAAGAAAAACAUUUGGAAACAUCUUGCUCUCUUCAUCACAUAUUGCUUGGUAAUAUUCUAUAGUGCAAAAGUGGUUUUAAAAUUGGGUUAUCUCCUGUUGCUCAGCUUGUGAGCCUCAAGUCUUUAUAUAAUUUUGCAGCUGUGAAAUAUCAUUUCAUUCUAAGGGCUGUAAAGAAAAUUGUUUCCUUCUCUGUUGUUCAGGCAGGACCACCAAGCAAAGGGGAGAAAGUAUCCUCUGUGCUGGCUGUGCCUGAGGUCACAGCAGAGGAAAGUGAGCCGCUGUGAUUCAUGUAAACACAGCGCUUGUUCAGAACAUGUUUGUGUCUGGGAGCACGGGAGCUGAUAGUGUGUGCCAGAGGCAGACACAGCUCUGUCAGUUUACCUCAUACUUGUGUCCUUGCAGUUCGAAUCUGUUAUUCAGCCACCCAAGUGCUGGGCCUGUCCUCAGUCAAGAAAGAAAAUUAUGCCAAUGCAAGUGAUUUUUUUUUGAUAUGGAAAAACGUCAGAAGGGGCUAGGAUAAGAUUAGCAAAACAAUUUCCAUUGCUGACCAAACACAAAUUUAAACCCGGGUCACUAAAGGUGAAAUGUCACUACACCAAGUUAUGUAGUUUUGACUUCCCAGUUAAUCCUUAUUUCAAGGUAAUGUAAUUCAACUGUCAGCUGGAAUACUGUGUCCAGCCCCAGUAUCCACAUCUUUAAAAGGAUUUUGCAAAAUUGGAAAGCUUCAGGAAUGCUUUGAGUACCCUUUAAUGCAGCAAAGAAAGCCAUAACAAGAUCCAGUAUCAGAAAGAUGUGUUUUGAAAUAUUCAUGUUAGAAAUAAAGGAUAUUAGAAUCACACAGACAAGGAGGGACAUGUUAGCUUCUUCAUCACUUCCAUCUUUAGAAUCUAGACUGGUUUAUUUUAUAAAAAAGAUCAUCUUCUGCAUAACCAGAACUAUGGAUUUGAAUCCAGAAUUAGUAAGAUUCAUCACAUUCCCAAUGGGAUUUGUCAAGCUCUGAAUCAGUGAUAAGUGAGGUAAUUUCAGGUAUCAUGCCUCAUGUCUUCUCUUUUUGAGUGGGUACAUGAAAAUUGGUUCAAUAAUCUUAUACCCAAAUGAAAAGCUGAGACAAGCUGAGCCAAAUCUGACAACUGAUUAUUUUAAACUACAUUGUUAAAUUCUUAUAGUUGGAAGAUUCUUUUAGUUGCUUCUUCUGAUGGUUACAUGCUACUGUCCAUGCUACCUGAGAGGAUGAGUGGUUUAACACAUCCAACACAAAUACGGGCAUAUUUGUAUUCAGAUUGAAGUUUGUCAUCCACGGAAGAUGGCUUGAAUAAAACUUAAUUGCUUAAUAGGAAAUGAAUAUGAGAAAGUGCAUUAACAACACCAAAAUUAUUUAUAAUCCUAGAAUUAUUCUCCAAGUAUUUUGCUUUAGUACAAUGAAAAUUCAGAGGGAAGUGGCAUGAUACACUAGCCAUUCCCAAUGUCCCCUUCCCUUUUACACGUUAUUUUUCCGGGUGGUAUGUUGCCCUUUUUAUCCAUUGCUCUUCCAUCUCCUCUUUCAGUGUAACUUUUUAAAUGUAAAAUUCUUGUAUUGUCAGAGCUUCUUCAGAUUUUUCCUCAUGCCUGUUUCCCUCCCAUAAUGACCACUCCAGUUCCAGGCUACCCCAUUCCAACAGUGCCUAGGUUUAUAGAAAUGUAUUAUGUGGGAAAACGAGGAGAUGUGUGUGCAGGUCAUUUUGCUGUAGUUGCACUAUGAGUUCUGCUCAUCUGCAAUGCAUUUUUCCACUGCAGAAAGCCAGGGUACCUGAAUAAAAUAUGUAGUACUUUAUGUACAUAGUGCUUCAUUACAUGAAACAAUAAGUCCAUUAUGAAUUACCCACAGCACCUCAGGAACUGCAGAAGUUGUAACCCUUAUCUCCAAACACUAAGCCCUAAGUUUGUUUCUGAAUUUCCUAAUGGUUAGAGAGAAUGACACUAAGCCUGUCUUCUUAUAUGUUUAAAGAUAUAGUGAUAGUAUUGAAAGCAGACCUGAAGACAUACUCAAGUAUUCAGAAAUGUGGUUGUUGUUGCUUCAGUUCUGUAAAUUGGCUUAAUAUGAGUCAAUAGUAUGAACAGUACCAGUCCAUUACACACAGCCACUCUCAACAAGAAGACUCAUAAGGUGGAUCUAGAAAAGCAUAGACUGAGGACUAGAAGAAAGAUAAAACAGACUGAGGACUAGAAGAAAAAUAGGGGGAUCUUGCCUUCCUGUUUCUAGUAUGAUUUUAGAGGUUUUGUUUCUUUAUCAUGCAAUUUUCUUCCUGUUCCAGUCCAGGCCGAUUGUCUUAUAUAGAUAGGUGGAUUGUUCAGAUUCUGUAUAGCAUAGCAUGAAAAGAAGAGAAAUGUAUGCACAGCAAUACUGUCAUUUUAAACUUGCUGAAUAUUCUCAAGUGCUUUGGAGUUGGAGGUGUUAUAAAUACCUGAUAGUAAAUAAAUAAAUAAAUAAAUCGAUCAGUCCCUUGGAGAAACGAUGAUGCCUUUCCAGUUGUACUGUCACACACUCAUAAAAUCUACAAACCUUGUAAAAAUAAUAAAUGUUCCUAUGCUGCACUCACUCUGUUCUGUAUGGAUGAUUCCCUUCUUGUCCCUGAAUAAUUUAAUGUGAAUUAAAAUAUAUAAUGUAUUUUAUUUAUUAUUGAUAUGAAAAUGGAUUUAUUUAUGCACUCAGGAUUGUA